UUGGCAGAAUCGGGACAUUGCGUGCUCACAUUACCGGCGUUGAGUCUAGCUUCUCAUGUGUAGCUAUCAUUUUUUCGCUAGAGAGGUAGUUUUGUAUCGUGACGUUUAGCUAGGUACAUCUAGCUAAACUAGAUUAAGUUAGUUAUUAAUCGUAAAAUGUUGUGUUUGACUAUUUUGUCGGUCGCCUUCGCAGCGCUGGCUUUGGUACCGAGCAUUAGCGACGCUUUGAAAGAUGGAGAUUGUGAAGUGUGUGUGAGCUUCCUGGGAAGGUUAUACCAGUCAUUGCAAGACGACAAAGUUAAAUUCGACAGCACAAACAUCGAGAAGGCCCUCAUCGAAACCUGCAAAGACGCCAAGGGCAAGGAAAACCGUUUUUGUUACUACAUUGGUGGAACAAAUGACGCAGCCACCAAAAUCCUCAACGAGAUCUCCAAGCCCCUGAGCUACCACACACCAGUGGACAAGAUCUGUGAGAAACUAAAGAAGAAGGACAGUCAGAUCUGUGAACUGAAAUACGACAAACAGCUGGACCUGAGCACGGUAGAUCUGAAGAAGCUGAAGGUGAAGGACUUGAAGAAGAUCCUGGAGGUGUGGGAAGAGUCAUGUAAAGGCUGUGCCGAGAAGUCCGACUACAUCCGCAAAAUCGAUGAACUCAUGCCCAAGUACGCACCCAACGAUGCUAAAGCACGGAGGGAACUGUAACCAGAGGGAGAAGGGGGGGGGGGGGGGGGUGCAGACCUGGGAUUAUAUUCAGUGUCUCAAAGUAGACAUGUUGAUCUAGGAUCAGUUUUGCCUUUUUUUUUUAAAUCUUUUUUUGUUGUUGAUCGUACUGAAUAAGACUGUAUCAAGCAUCUCGAUUAGGAGUGUUGAUUUAGGAUCAGGUCCCCCCCGUCCCCGUCAUUUUAUUCUUUGUGAUCUAAAUGCCAAAUCUAAUCCGAGAUCAGCACUCCUACUCUGAGACACUUUGGUCUGAAUACCAAGUUGCACCCUAGUCCUUAUACAGUGCACUACCUUUGACCAGUGCCCAGUGGGGAGUAUGGUUCCAUUUGGGAUACUGCCUUUGUUUAUACAGGCCCUGGGGAAGGGGUUUUGGUGGUCCUGAGAGGGUAUUUUGUGGUGGGUAAUGUUCGCUGUGCGGUAUAUGAACCACCUGUCAGUCUGUACAUGACCUAUUUUUUUGUUGUUUUAAUUAAGGGAUAUACUUUUUUUCAAAUUUGUCUUAAUUAAUAACGGUAUAAUCAAAUAUAACAGGUGUGGACAAGCUCAUAUGCAGAAGGUCCUAGACAGUGGGUAUAGUAAGACACCUGAUUCUACUAUUCAACUAAUCAUCAAAUCGAGACCUUGAUUUAUACCCUCUACAAAUAAGCUUCGCCACACCCCUGAAAUAUAUAUAUUUUUUAAGAGAAGAUAAAACUAUUGAAAUGUGCUUUUGUUUCACACAACCUUACAUUUUUGUUACAAAAUGUUCUGUACUUUUUCAUUAAAAUAUGAAAACAAGGUG